GAGAGAGAGAGAGAGAGAGACCUCGUGAUUGAUUGUCCCAUUGAGAUGGUGGCAGUGCGACUCGUUUCCAGCUCUUGCUGAGCCUCGUCUCAAGGAAUGCGUUCGAACAUUUUCAGCGAAAGGUCGUCGCCCUAGAAGAAGGAAGGAGGAUUUUUUUGUCUAUCCGGAUUUAGGGGGAUUCUAGUGUGCAGUGCUGUUCAACUCACAUCGAUCGCCGCUCCCAUCCCACCCGGAGAAGAAAUAAAAAAGUAAAGGAAACUUCAUCCUGAGCAAAAUUCCACGGGCGCCUAUGGACUUUCUUUUCGCUUGUUACUCAGUCUGAUGACAGGAAUUGUUUUGUCGGGAAGCGGCGAACGAGUCACGCAUGAAUCUUCUGAGCGAACAUGGAAAAUCAAAGGAUGAAGCCACGGAGAGGCGCUUUAUGGUAGAUCAGCGGAGGAGCGAAGUGUAAAGUGCGAGACGCCGCCAACUCAAACGGAUUACAGUGAUCUCUGCUCAUCCUCGACUCCGGACGCCCAAACUUUUCGAGUGAUCAUUCAUCUAAGCGGCAUGGCAUCCAGUCUGACGUGUGCGGGCACCGUUUGGGCACUGCUUUCCUUUCUGUGCGCGGCAGCUUCAUGCGUGGGAUUUUUUAUGCCGUAUUGGCUUUUGGGAUCGCAGAUGGGCAAGCCGGUGUCCUUCGGAACCUUUCGGAGAUGUUCUUACCCGGUUCGGGAUGAGAGCCGCCAGCAGACGAUCAUGGUCGAGCAGUGUGGCAGGUACGCCUCCUUCCAGGGCAUCCCGAGUCUGGAAUGGAAGAUCUGCACGGUGGUGACGGGCGUGGGCUGCGGACUGCUCCUGCUGGUGGCGCUCACGGCGCUCAUGGGCUGCUGCAUUUCGGAACUCAUCUCCAGGACCAUCGGCAGGGCGGCGGGAGGCAUGCAGUUUGUCGGAGGCUUGCUGAUUGGCUCAGGCUGUGCUCUCUACCCACUUGGAUGGGACAGCGAAGAAGUAAGACAGACCUGUAGUAACCUGUCAGACCAGUUUGAAUUGGGCACGUGUCAAAUCGGCUGGGCUUUUUACUGUACGGGAGGCGGCGCUGCUGCUGCAAUGCUGCUCUGCACCUGGCUGGCAUGUUUUGCAGGAAAGAAGCAGAAGCAGUACCCCUACUGAAGGAAGGGCAGCUGACGAGACGGGCGAUGAAGAACGUUCGAUUGACAUGCCACUUUGCAUCUUAGAUCUGUCACUCGAGGGAACCGAACUGCUGUUUUUUCCCCACAGGCGGCCGUGGAGUCUGGUGUGAACAUCGAUGAACUGAACCCGACCUAAUGGACACCCUCCUGGAGCCCCUCUGAGACUGUGGCAUUGAUGGUCCAUUUUUAAAGUUAAAUUGUGUGCACAGUGUUAUAGCUUCUUUUCUACUUGUCAUAUUUAAGGACCAAGCAUAUUACAAUUUAUGUAGUCAUGUUCAUGCGUUUUCUUCACUGGUAAUAGCAUAUAUAAACAUGUAAGUUUGACAUUAUUCUUGUAAAGCUAAAUAUUUUUUACGUUAUGCUGUCACCCUAAUAAUAUUUUAAAAUGCAAUAAUCUUUGGUACAGAGGCAGGGAAUUUGCCUCCAUUAAUCAUAUUGUUCCAUAACAUGUACAACAUUGACCAAGCAUAUUGAAGCACACAGAUUAUUUUAAAUUACAAGAGUUCAUUAAGAAGAGCCAUUAGUCAUUCAGAGGCUGCAAACGAACAAUUCUGGCUGCUUAACAAGCAACAAAAGAAAGCAGUUUGGUACGUUUUUUAAAAUGACAAUACUCAUUAAAAUACUUUUCGUUACAUUGAACAGCUGACCCCCGUCUGUUUUCUCGUUUCCAUUGCCUGCAAGUUGCAGUAUUUUCUGUUCACUGAAAAAUAAAAGUUCAGGUUUUGUUGUGCCCCUCCUUUUUAAAAAUUCCUUAAUUAAGGCCAUUGAAUUCCAUGAGAAUUCUCGUAUAUGUUUCCAUAUAGUGUAGCACUGGUCUGGAUAAUUAGAUUGAAUACUGACUUCAAUAUUGCCGUAACUUCACACUUGGGUUCGCUUGAAUUUGUACAGUUAUAAAAGCUUAGGUCGCUCAUCAUAUAUGAACAAGUCAGCAAGGUGGCACAGUGUGUCGUGCUGCUACCUCUCGGCUCAAGGGACCCGAGUUUGAAUCCCACCCAGGUCACUGUCUAUGUGGAGUGAUUUGUCGUGGCACUCCAGGUUACACCACCAAAAUGUGUAGAUGUGUAUGUGAGUGUACUCUCUAGUGGUCUGGUCUCUCUUACAGGGUUAGGAUUGUUCAUUUCCAGCCUCCUGUGACCCAUGACAGACAGACGCACGGGCUCUUUACAUAUUCUCCUACAAAUACAGGACACCCCUAUGGCCGGUUUAUACACCGAUGAGCCAGAAUAUUAAGAACACCUGCCUAAUAUGCUGUUGCUCCACCACUUGCUGCCAAAACAUCUUUGAACCACCGAAGCACAAACUCUACAAGAGUUCCAAAAUUGUCCUGUGGUAUCUGGCAUCAAGAUGUUAGCAGCAGAUCCUCUCACUCCUGUCAUUUUCAAGGUGGAGCCACCAUGGAUUGGACUUGUUGUUCCAAUACAUCCAUCCAUCCAUUUUCCAACCCGCUGAAUCCGAACACAGGGUCACGGGUGUCUGCUGGAGCCAAUCCCAGCCAACACAGGGCACAAGGCAGGAAACAAUCCUGGGCAGGGUGCCAACCCACCGCAGGACACACACAAACACACCCAGCACACACUAGGGCCAAUUUAGAAUCGCCAAUCCACCUAACCUGCAUGUCUUUGGACUGUGGGAGAAAACCGGAGCGCCCGGAGGAAACCCACGCAGACACGGGAAAAACAUACAAACUCCACGUAGGGAGGACCCGGGAAGCGAACCCAGGUCCCCAGAUCACCCAACUGCGAGGCAGCAGCGCUACCCACUGCGCCACCGUGCCGCCCUGUUCCAAUACAUCCCACCCAUAUUCAAAUAGUUUGACAUCUGGGGAAUUUGGACACCAGGAUGACACCUCAAACUCUUCAUCUUGAUCCUUAAACUGUUACCGAAGAAUUCAUGCAGUGUGGGAGGGCGCCUAACCCUAUUGAAAGAUGCCACUUCCAUUGCUCUGAAGGUGUGUGCCUGGUCUACAGCGAUGUUUAGGUCGGUUGUAUGCAUCAAAUUAAGCAGUCACUUGCGUGUCCAGACCCGGGGUUUCCCACCAGAAAAUUGCCCUUACUUUCCACCACUGGCUUGUCUUCUUCCCAUAGUGCAUCCUGGUGCCAUUUCUUCUCCAACAACCACGUAAAAGGCCAUCCACACGGCACAACAGAAAAUCCGGUGGAUCCGAGGUCCAGUUCUGACGCUAUCAUGCUUAUUGUGGGUGCUUUCGAUGAUGGACGGGGGUUAGCCUGGGCUCUCUGACUGGCCUGUGGCUAUGCAAUCCGUUACGCAGCAGGGUGUGAUGCACUGCAUGUUGGGACACAUUACUUCAGUAAACAUCAUUAAAAGUAAGUGCAAUUUGAGCCAGAGUAUCCCUUCUGUUGGUUUGUAGCACACAGGAUAGCCUUGGUUAACCUCUUGUCCCAGUGAGUCUUGGCUACCCAUCAUGCUUUCGGUGGUCCGUGUUUUAUUUUCCUUCUUAUGCCACUGUUGCCAGGUAUUUAUCAUGGCUGACUGUGAGCCUUGCUGUUUCAUAUAAAUAAUGUGAUCCAGUCAUCUGAACAUAACGAUUUCACCCUAAUGAAGUCGCUCAGGUUUUAGACCUGCCCAUAUCUUCUGCGUUCAACACGUCAACUACAAAUACCUAAGGUCAGCUUACUGCCUCAUGUAUCCCUGAUCUUGAUAUGCGCCAUUGUGACUUCAUAGUCCACAUUCAUGGGAGAGCUCAGAAUGUUCUGGCACAUCAGUGUAUACUUGAGCAUAAUUAGGAAUAUAUUUACAUGUUUUGGUUUACAUCUUCACACGUGUCUAAUGUCUUAUCCCAUCUAGUUUUUUCUGGAGCCACUUUUUCUAGUGAGGGUCACAGUGCCAACAGUUCGAUCCAGACUUUCAUAUUACUAGCUGCAGAUUCCAGCUCAUUCUGGAGAAUUUCUGAGGCUUUCAAUAUUCCUCCCAGGAUGCCUUGGAUCUUCCAUAAGGUCUCUUCCAGUGAGACGUGCCUGGGGGAGAUCCGGGGGCAAACAUCAAGAUAGGCCCAAACCACCUCAAUUGGAUCCUCUUGAUGUGGAGGAGCGGCGUCUCUACUUGGAGUUUUCUUGUUAUCUGAAUACCAAAACAAAUCAAAAGUAAGAUGGAAGUCUUAAUUCUGCAUGCGCAAUUCUUCACACAAGUGUUAAAGUACUGACAUAUAACAAAAUGAGGAACAUGACGACGGUACACAUAGAGGUAAUCAGUGCAUCACUAUCACCUCCAUAUAUGUAGAAAGAAUGUCUCCGUCUGUUGGCAGGGGACAUCAGCCACUGUUGGAAGUAAUGUCUCUGUUUUUAUUCAUACACUUUCCAAAAGGGAAGUUCAAUAAAUUGAAAAGCUACAACAUUUAUACAUCCUAUUAAUGUGUAUAAAUGGCAGUCGCAUUUCUCCUCCAUGACUCUCCGCUCUUAAUUGCUAGUUAAGCAGCUCCAUUUUGAAUCUGCCAGGGGGAUGCAGAAGAUGUGUUGGUUGUGGUGGACUAUAAAACAUCCGUCUGUUUUCAAAGGAGAAAUGGCUGUAAGUACGAAACUUCAAAAUACUGUAGCUAGUUGUGUUCCAUGGCCAGAGCGAUUAAAGCCUAAGUCACAUUAGACGAUUUUUCUAGCGAUUUUCAGUCGUGGCCUUCAUUUACUCAUCUUACUCAGUCGACAACGUGCUCCCAUGAAGACGAUCACCUAAUACGGAGUUCCCAUCUCCGGUCCUGCAGGGCCCCAGUCAUUCUAACCCUUUUCUUAAUUAGCGGCCUUUUUUGUUUUUGCUGCUAAUUAACUUCUUUUGAAUUAAUUUUAAUGAGUUUGUUUUUUAAGAUUUGUUCCCCUGAAUUUCUUCAUCGUUCCUCUGAAUUGCUUAAUUUCUUUCCUUAAAUGGCACCCAAACAGAAAUGAAAUGUGAAGUAAGUGAGUUGACAGAAGAGCAACUAAGUCAGGGCCUGAAUCUCCAAACCAAUUUCACUCCAACCAGUUACUUAAUUAGGCGCCGAUUCUUGUUAAUAAUUAAACCCGUUCUUUACCUCCAUGGCUUGUUGCUGUUCUCAUUGUGCAAUAGCAAACAUUUCCGAAAUUGUUGAUUUUCUCUUUUCUAAGAGCUCUGUUCAAAUGUUUUGGGGACCUGAACAGAUCAACAUUCCUGAGACCUUCAUCUUUCUUUAUUUUCAGACAUUGUAUGAUGGACACAGUUUGCUGUUCCUGUUUUGGCUCAUUUUGUAUCUCAUUAUUGUUUGGCUGCUAAUUAAGGAACAAGAAACAAUUAAGGGGUUCUGAGUCUUCAAGAGCAGGUCAAUUAAAAUUAAUUCAAAAGAAAUUAAUUAGGAGCAAUAAACAUGUCACUGAUUAAGAAAAGGGUUAGAAUGAAAACCUGCAGCCACUGGGGCCCUCCAGGACUGGAGUUGAGGACCCCUGGUCUAAUAUAACAUGCCUAAUGACCGACACCAUUUAGUCUGUGACUGGGUAUGGUAAAAUCAAACUGGUUUGAUUUCCUCAUUAGUUGGAGGGGUGGGCUGUACACACAGGACAGCUGACAACCAAAUGAACCAAUGAAUGCUCAUCUGGAAGUACCAUGCAUAGAAUUCAUGAGUUUUUUUGACCCUCACAAACAGAACAGAAGCCCGUCUUUCUGAUGCCUCAUCUAUUGCAUGCCAUAACAGAAUGAAAAAAAGAACUAAAGGGCACUUCGGGCAGAGAUUGCGCUCAACUCGCUGCAGCUGUUAACCCUUCAUAAAGCGCCAACUCCAUCAGACAACACGAAACAGGAGCGAGCACAACUGUACCGUAAGAUCAACACUCAGUUGGCAUUGCCACCAGGGGGCACUGCAGCUUCCCAAACACCCGACACAAACAGCCUUAGACACAAGACAAAGAGUUUUAUUGUGGGAAACUCUUACAGGAAGCAUUUCCCAUUCCACAACCACAUGGCAACAAAUAACAAACUGCAACUUUUCUUUUAACUUGUCACUCUCUUUCUCUCUCUGCCUCAACUCCUCCAACCAUUCAUUGUCCUCCUCAUCCCAACUCCGCCUAUUAAUUGCGGUAGGCGGCUUCUUUUAUGUGAAAUGCGGGAGUACUUCCGGUGUCCCAUAAUCAUGGCCCAGGAGCACUUCUGAGUUCAUCCAAUGGGACUGAGCCAAAGAACUCCAGUUCCCACAAUGCCCUACCGCACUUUACCUUCUCCAGUCCCACUAAGCUGUGGGGGUAAGUCUCCUGGUUGGCAUCCCUCACACGGUAAAAGUGACGUGUGCUACGAUUUUUCGGUCAUGUAGUUUGACAUGGUGCAGCGAAUGCGAUCGACAAAUCUGACAUGCCCCAUGACAAAAAGCCACAUAAAGUGACAUCGGCUUAAUCAAUUGUAGUCAAUGGCAAAAAGCGUCAUGUGUCAUUUUACCUCUCUAAUUCUAAUAAAUGUCUGCUUCCUCUACUUUUUUUCUGCUGGAGAUUUGACAGAAAAGUAUCAAAGCACAAUUUAUUUUUGUUCAUUUCAGUUUAGUUAUCUCAAAUUGACAAUGCAAUCAGGAUCCUUUAAUUCUGUGGUUGUCUGGUCUUUGUCUUUAUGUUACAAUCCUAAAUAUGGCAAUAAUGAUACAGUAUGCAACACCUAGCGUAAUCUCAACAUCUAUCAAUAUGCAGCAAGAGCAAAGACAGUAGUGCACACAUUAUGCAAUAAAUCGAUUUCACAGCAUCUAGAACAGCAGCUACUGUGGACGUCACGAUCCACGAGGCCUUAUAAAGAUGGUGGGCUUCAGAAUUACAACUCUAGGGGUGUCAAACCUUUUGACUGCUGUAAAGAAAGAUGGGGGGGCCUUGUCAAGAGUGACCUGAAACUUUUGACCCAUUUUAAUAAAUAAAGUAAUGAAAUUGCGCUGCUUGUUUAUAGUGCAUUACCAAAUUAGAAGUUUCUUUGUAACUGCAAUAAUAUCCUAAGCACAACCUAAUAAAUACUAUUAAUUGUAAAUGGAAAUGCCUUAUUUUUAAAGUAUAUAACCCAGUAUUAGGACAAUUUCUGUUUUCACUAUCAACAUAUUGUAGUGUGUGAUAUUAUUUGAGCAUUUUAUAUAUUUGGAAAAAGAAUACUUUACCAAAAGGUCUUCCAGUAAGUGGGAUUCUCAUAGAAUUUCUUCCAAGACUUACAAGGAAAGCAUCAUUGGAAGGUCAGAGAAGUACCUGAAGAAACUGAACGUCAACUGAUGAGGCCAUCUGAAGUUCUCAAUGGCAGGUUUUAUCCUUGCGUCCUGUUGGACUUGUAGGUGUUUUUGCUGUUCAUUUGAUGCAUAAUUAGGAUCAACAGUAGAUUAUUUUGCCUUACUAGCUGAGACUUUUUAAGAACCUUAACAGUUCAGCAUUGAGAGAAAAGCCACCCAGUUUUGCAUUAUUAAAAUUCAAUAAAAGAUCAGAGUCCAGCUCACGUGGACAGUGCGGAAUGACAAGCCUUCGUGAGAGCACAACGGACGUAGCUGCUUAACAAACUUCUGUAUGCGGAAAUACAUCUGCUUAAACUGGGCACGGAAAGAUUUAGGCUGGUAAAGCCUGUUAAUAUGUUUAGUUUACCGUUGCUGUACUAUAUUGUAUAUUAUUAGUAUACUAGGAUUUGUAUAAAUGUAUGUUUUUAUUUCAUCACAUUUGUAAAUAAAUUAUUUGCAAAUGAA